UGAUUUUUUUUUACAAAUCUAUGGCAUGGUUGCGUUUCUCAGUUGAAAAAUUCAUUUAAAAAUACAAUUUUCUAUGAAUCUUUUGAAGUAUAUUGUAUACUCUCAGUAAUUUUUAAAACAGUUUUCUAUUAUUAUAACUUUCAAAAUGACUGCUGAUAUAAGAAAAGAAUUUAUAUUGGCGACUGUUGCAAAUUAUUUUGGUAUCCCAAUAAGUAGUAGCAUUGUAGAUGACUUGCAAAACAAAAAAGAAGUUAACAAUUUUUUGGAUGAUGGAAAUAAGCUAAUACUGGUUAACAUUCACCAUGAAAAAAAUAUUGAAGUUUAUAAUGAACUAAAUUUAAAUUAUCCAAAUGAACAAUGCAUUGUAUUUUUCAAGAUUAAACCUGAAGCCAUCACAGCUGAAACAGUUCAUACAAAUAUUUUAGUAUCAUCAAUGUUCAAAUCUCCUAUAAGUGUACUUUAUCAUUCAAUAAAAAAAAUAUUUUCCCCACUUAUAUUGAAUAGUGACAUAUCUAACCAAAGUAUUGAUCCUAAAAUUCAAAAUUUAUUAGGUGAGUUAGAAGCCGGACUAGCUUCUUUCUUGCGAAAAAGUGGGAAUUUAGAUUCCAGUGAUAAAAAAAAUAGUCUUUCUGGAAUAUUGACACCAAGUGAUGAGUUUCAAUACUGGAAAGAAUUAGCAAAUAAUGGCGAUGGGCGUGCAAAAUUAUUUAUAAGUAUUUUUGAAAGAUCAAAUUUUAUGAAUGACUUUUCGAACUUGGAUGUUUAUGAAAUUGCAGAGGUUUUGGAAAUAGUAGAUGUAUCUAUGGAUAUCUUAGACGAGCUUUGGAAGCAAGAUGAUUUUCCAGAAUAUCCUCAAGUUCGUAUGCAUCAUUUUUUUGAUAUUAUUGGUAGCAGUAUUGGUCUUUAUAUUCAAAAAAAGUUAUCUAAUAUGGACAUAUGGAAUGAAAAAUCUAAUGUCAUAAAAGAAGUUUUACAGCAUGGUGUUCAAAUAUGUGAAAAAUGGUCAGAAGUUUGUGAGACAUUAACAGAUAAAUUUUGGAAAACUUUACCUGCUCAUCCAUGGAAGGGGGACAAAUAUGUUCCUUUAAAUUUGAUGAAGCUUUGUGAACGAUUACAAGAAAUUCUUCGCAUUCGCAUUAUUCAUGAGCAACAUAACAAACUCUUAUCAAACAGUGAGCGACAAUUUUUAAAUAGUGAACAAGCUUUUAAACCAUUUAUUGGUUUAAAUCCAGUGCAGUAUAAUCCAUUCACAGUACCUCUCUGGAAAACUGCUGUGGUUCAAUAUGGAAAAAGUAUUGAACCAAUUGAAGAGCGAGUUGCAAUAAAGCUAAAAGAAAAAUUUUCAAAUACCAAAGCAAAGUCAUUUCAGCUUUUGAGGGAGUUUCAAAGAUACAAGGAGCUUGUUAAUCGUCCAAACAUCAAAAAGUUACUAACAGCUGAAAGGGAAGCACUGUUAGGACAACUCCAUGAACAUAUAAAAAGUUUAAAGAGUGAUUUCCAAGCUCGAUCUAGUUUUAAAAAUGGAGAAGGACCUCCUAAAGGCAAUAAUAUGCCUGAAAUCAUAAAUUCUAUUAUUUGGGGAAAGCAACUUAAAGCUAAGGUUGAAGAACUUUUAAAGUCAUCUGAAUAUUUACUCAGUGAUAUUAGCUCAUUUGAGCGUUUUAAGGCAAUAUGCCAACCAUUUAUUGUUGAGGUUGGACAAUACAUGAAAGAAAACUAUGACAACUGGUCAAGGGAAACAAUUGAUAAUAUUGAAAAUACAGAAAAUUCUUUAAGUUUAAAGACAAAUGGAAAACUUAUGGAAUUGGGUCAUGCUGAUGGCAAGCUCGAAGUUCAUUAUGAUGCUCGUCUUGUAACACUGAUUCGUGAAGUUCGCCAACUUCAAGGGAUGGGUUAUAAUGUUUCUUCAAAAAUUCAAAAUGUUGCUUUAACUGCCUCCAAAUUUUACAGACAAGCAAUUGUUUUAAAGCAGGUUGCUCACUUUUAUAACACGAUUGAUCAACAAAUGGUUGCUUGUCAACAAUCUAUGAUGCUUGAUACAGCAUAUGCUUUUGAGCAAUUGAUAAAGAAUCCAAAAACAGGUUCAAAGGAAAAAGAUGGUAAAAUGCAUGUAACUUGGGAUAAUCCUCAAGAAGUUGAAGACUAUAUUAAAAAACUUCAAGCUGUGGCAGAAAAAUUAACAACAGAUAAUAGAAAAUUAAGAAAAAUACACAAUGUUAUGAUUGACAAGGUUUCACAACUUAUAAACACUGACCUUUUGCGCAACCCUUUAAAAUGGAAAGAUACUAUUAUGGAAAUGAGGCAGCUUAUAGCAAAUCUCACUGAGCAGGGUUUUAAAGUUAGCAAUAUGAAACCAUGGACAUUGUUUCUUGACCAUCAAUUAUACAAAGCACUUGAGCAUCAGUACCAACUUGGAUUAGAAGCAUUGCAUGAAAAUCUCCCAGAAAUAAAAGUUGAACUUGUUUUUAGACAGCAACAGUUACAGUUCAAACCUCCAAUUGAAGAAAUACGAAUGAAAUAUUAUCGUGAGAUUAGAAAGUUUAUUUCCAUACCUAAAAACUUUAAAGGUUUAGCUGAUAAUUAUUUGAUGUUUCAAAGUGUUAUAGAAAACAAUAGUUCUUUAUUUGAAACAGUUUAUUCAAAAGCAGAAACUCUUUUUAACCGUCUUCAAAACGUUCAACAACAGUUUGUUGAGUGGGUUGUGUUUGGUAGCACAGAUAUGGAUGCAUUAGCAGAUAAGCACUUGCUAACAGCUUCAGACUGGGAGAUGAAUAUUAAGUUGAUCAAGUUGAAGGGAAAAGAAUCUGAGAAACUUCCUCAAGUUGUUAAAGUUGAUUGCAUAACUGUUUCAACCGUUCCUAUAAAAUCAACUAUUGAUGAUCUAAUUUCAAAACUGUUUGAUACUUUGUUAUUAUCUCUGCGUCGUUCUAUUGUCAAUGGAUACAAUGAGUCUGAUCACUUUGUUUCAAAUAGUAUACAAUCUCUGAGUAUAAUUCCACAUUCAGUUGAUGAAAUGGGGGAAGCUAACUUAAGAUACAACAUGGUUAUGGAAGGGAAAUCAAAAUUUAAAGAAUUUAAUGAAGAGUUGGAGCUGAAAAAUAAACUUUUAGGGCAGACUGCUGGUGGAGGGAUUGAAAAAGUAUCUGAGCUUAAGCAGAAGUGGGAGUACCUUGAGCAGCAGUUGGUCUCACACUCUGUUAUGAUCAAAGGACAGAUGAAUUCAAUGAUGAAAGAUUUAAACAGUAGAAUAGAGGCUUUUCAACAAGAGCUGCAACGUUUUUCUUCAAGAUGGCAUCAACUAAAACCUACAAAUAUUGAUGCUGAUGCAGAUCAAAAGACAUGCACUGAAGCUGUCAACAAUGUUAAAGAAAGGCGUGCUGAGUUUGAGGAUUUAAAAGAACGCAAAAAAAAACUAAUUGCUGAUUCAUUGAAUUUUGAAAUGGCUCCCCCAGAUAUACCACUUGUUGAGGAAUUGGAAAUUGAUAUAUCAUUGUUUGAAGAUAUGUGGAGGCUGUAUGAGGAGUUCAACACUGACUUAAAUGCAAUGGGUGAGCAAGACUGGAUUUCUUUCAGGAGUCAUACUGGUCAGUUUGAUGACAUGCUUGGGAUUUGGAAAGAUAAGCUAAGGAAAACUGAACCCAAUGUCAUAGUGUUGAAGAUUCAAAAAGAUGUUGAUAUGUAUAAAAAUCUUUUUCCUGUCCUUAAAUAUGUUCGUGGUGAUACUUUAUCAUCUGACCAUUGGCUGGAACUAUUUCGAAUGGUGAAAAUGCCAAAAGGAGUAACAUUAGAAAAGUUAACAUUUGCUAAUAUCUUAAGUGUUGCUGAAAACAUUGUGGCAAACCAUGAUCAGCUCAAAGAGUUAAAUAAUCGUGCACAAGGAGAAGUAUCAAUUAGAGAUGCUCUUCGAGAACUUGACUUUUGGGGUGCUGGGGCAGUUUUUAAUUUUACUUCAUAUACAGAUACCAGUAGUAAAAAUGUGCAACUUGUAAAAGACUGGAAAGAGCUUUUUAAUCAGGUGGGAGAUAAUCAGUGUCUUCUCCAAUCACUAAAAGAUUCACCGUACUAUCAGGGAUUUGCCGAUAAAGCAUCUUUAUGGGAAACACGUUUAAUUGAUCUAGAUGAAUAUUUACACAACUUAAAUGAAAUUCAGAGAAAAUGGGUUUAUUUAGAACCAAUAUUUGGCAGAGGAGCUCUACCAAGAGAGCAAGAAAGAUUCAAAAGAGUGGAUGAUGAUUUCAGAUCAAUAAUCUUUGGGAUGGAAAAUGAUGCAAGGUUGGUAUCUCUUGUAUCAAGACCAGGCAUUCGUAACAUGCUUAUUACAAUGUUGGACCAGUUACAGCGAUGCCAAAAAUCUCUUAAUGAGUUCUUAGAGGAAAAACGUUCAUUGUUUCCUCGUUUUUAUUUCAUUGGUGACGACGAUCUAUUAGAAAUACUUGGUCAAUCUACAAACCCAAACGUUAUUCAAACACAUCUUAAAAAACUUUUUGCUGGAAUUCACAAAGUUGAUUUUAGUGAUGGGUCUCAUCAUAUUAUUGCAAUGAGGUCUUUAGAUGGAGAAGUUGUAAAACUUAAUACUCCAGUUGUUAUUACUGAAGAAGUAGAAGUUUGGCUUGCUGCACUUGCUCUUCAAAUGAAAGAAACUCUUAAAUUAAUGGCCGUUGAAUGCUAUAGGAACAGCAAAGCUGGUAAUGUUGAUCCCUCAAAAUAUCCUUCACAGGUUCUCUGCAUUGCAGAGGCUAUCUUAUUUACCGAAAAAUGUGAAGAAGCUUUACGGAAUAACCGCUUACAUAAAUUUAAGUCUGAACUUGAAGCACAACUUGAGAGUUAUACUGCAACUGAGAUUAAACAUGAUUCUUUUGAUGUUGCUUCAAAUGUACUGGAAUUAAAAUUAAAAGCUCUUAUUCUUGAUGCAAUUCAUUUUAUUGAUGUUGUCGAACAGUUGCAAAAAGAGAAUGCUAAAAGUGUUGAAGAUUGGGCUUGGCAAAAACAACUGAGGUUUUAUCUUAAUAAACAAGGUGAAUGCUACAUGAGUAUGGUAGAUGCUGAUUUUGCAUAUACUUAUGAAUACCAAGGUAAUGCACAGAAGCUGGUUCACACACCACUAACUGACAAAUGUUAUCUUACUCUUACACAGGGUAUGAAAAUGGGUCUUGGAGGGAACCCUUAUGGUCCUGCUGGUACUGGAAAAACAGAAAGUGUGAAAGCACUUGGUGGAUUAUUUGGAAGACAAGUCCUUGUAUUUAAUUGUGAUGAGGGUAUUGAUGUUAAGUCUAUAGGAAGAAUAUUUAUUGGGCUAGUGAAAUGUGGUGCAUGGGGAUGUUUUGAUGAGUUUAAUCGUUUGGAAGAAGCAGUACUGUCUGCAGUUUCAACUCAAAUACAAAGCAUUCAAGCCUCAAUAAAAAAUAGAGAAGCUAGCAUGGAACUAAUGGGAAGAAAUGUUACUUUAGAUUUGAAUUCUGGAAUUUUUAUUACACUUAAUCCAGCAGGAAAAGGAUAUGGUGGUCGUCAAAAGCUGCCCGAUAAUUUAAAGCAAUUAUUUCGCCCAGUUGUAAUGUCAAAACCUAAUAAUGAACUAAUUUCUGAAGUUAUACUAUUUUCAGAAGGUUUUAAAGAUGGAAAGAAUUUAGGACGAAAGUUGGUGGCUAUAUUUACAUUAUCUGCAGAACUUCUUUCGAAACAGCAGCAUUAUGAUUGGGGACUUCGUCCUUUAAAGACUGUUUUAAAAGGUUGCGGAGAUUUACUUCAAAAAGAAAAGCAGAAUAAAACUGAAGAUAGCAAGAAAAUAGAUAAAAAUGCUGAGACAAACUUGGUCGUUCAAGCAUUACGCUUAAAUACUUUAUCAAAGUUGACUUUCUCUGAUUCAAAGCGGUUUGACGCUCUUAUUAAAGAUGUGUUUCCAGGCAUAGAUUUUCAGGAUGUUGAGUAUAAAACACUAAAAGAAGCACUUAAAGUAACUAUGAAAGAAAUGGGUCUUGUAGAAAGUCCAGUUCAGUUGAAAAAAGCUUUAGAGUUAUAUGAACAGUUGCGUCAAAGAAUGGGUGUAGUAGUAGUUGGUCCUAGUGGAUCUGGGAAGACAUGUCUUUGGUCAAUGUUACGGCUAGCUUUAGGAAAGGUUGGUCAAACUGUGAAACAAUAUACUAUGAACCCAAAAGCUAUGCCAAGAACUCAGCUACUUGGUCAAAUUGAUAUAGACACUCGAGAAUGGUCAGAUGGUGUGUUAACCAAGGCUGCUCGUGAAGUUGUAAAAGAACCAUUAGAAGUACAAUCUUGGAUUAUAUGUGAUGGAGAUAUUGAUCCUGAAUGGGUAGAAUCACUUAAUUCAGUUUUAGAUGAUAAUAGAUUAUUAACAAUGCCUUCAGGUGAAAGAAUACAGUUUGGACCAAAUGUGAAUUUUUUGUUUGAGACACAUGAUUUAAGUUCUGCAUCUCCUGCAACUGUUUCUAGAAUGGGAAUGAUAUUUUUGAGUAAUGAAGAUACAGACACUAAUGCAAUAAUAAAAGCAUGGAUUUUACGAGAAGCUCCUGAUAAUAAGCUGCUUGCUGGAUGGAUUGAUGAUUACUUUUCACGUGCCCUUGACUUCAUAUUAAAAUGUAAUGACUUUAUUGUAGAAACAACUUUAGUAGGAAGUAUCUUGAGUGGUCUGUCACACUUAAAGGGUGUUUCAACAAAAGGAGAAUUUGCUUGUGCAUUAAUUAAAGGAAUGGGAGCUAACUUGAAUGAAGAUUCGAAAGUUAAUUUAGCAAAAGAGAUAUUUAAGUGGGUGGGUGAAACACCUCCUGAUCCUGCCAAUCCUCUUGAUGCAUACUAUGAUAAGAAACGUGGGAAGCUUAUAAACUAUGAGCUGCAGUUGCCUGAAAAAUUGAAACCAGAAGAAUUUUCAUCCACUAAGUCACCUGUUAUUCUCACUCAAUAUGUAAAGCGUUAUUUAGAUUCAUUCUCAUUGUGGUUAAAGUCUGAUGAAACAAGACAACCUUUUAUACUUGUUGGUCCAGAAGGAUGUGGCAAAGAGCUUUUGCUCAAUUUUACUUUUGAACAACUGCGUUCAUCUCAAGUUGCAAUGAUUCAUUGCAAUGCACAAACUUCACCAAUCCAUGUGCUCCAGAAACUUUCACAAACCUGCAUGAGUAUUAGCACAAAUACAGGAAGAGUGUACAAACCAAAAGAUUGUGAAAGACUUAUUUUAUAUCUUAAAGAUAUUAAUUUGCCAAAACCUGAUAAAUGGGGUACAAGUCAACUUUUAUCUUUUUUACAACAAGUUAUUACAUACAAUGGCUUCUAUGAUAUGAAUCUUGAAUGGGUUGGGUUAGAUGGUGUCCAAAUUGUUGGCUCUAUGAAUGCUACAAGCUCAUUAGGUCGACAUCAAUUAAGUUCUCGUUUUACAUCAAUUGUGCGUAUUUGCUCAAUAGGAUAUCCCACAAAAUCUCAAUUAGAGACAAUUUAUACAGAAUAUUUAAAAGUGUUAAGUCAUUCUUCAUUUGUAAAUCAUCCUGUGUGGAGUACAGAAAAAAACAUUAAGCAAUUAGCUAAAUCAACUGUUCAAGUAUAUGAACAAAUGAGAAGUAAGUUUACUGUUGAUCAUUACCCUCAUUAUAUAUUUACACCAAAAGAUUUAUCUAAGUGGAUACUUGGAAUUUUGAGAUAUGAUGUUGGUGAUGCCUCUGAUAAAAGUUCAACUACUCUUAUUAAAAUUUGGGCAUAUCAAGCAAAAAGAUUAUUUAGUGAUCGUUUAGUUGGUCAUGAAAGUCUUGAUAAAUUUGAAAAUAUACUAAUGUCUAUUGUUCGCAAUGACUGGUCUGUAAACAUUGAUGACCUAAAAAAUACAUAUUAUGUAACAUGGGGUGCAAGUGGGGGUCUAUCACAUACUGGGAAUGUUAGAGGAUCAUUUGGGAGACCUCUUGGUAUGCUUUUAAAAGAAGAUUUUAAACACAUUGUAAACAAGGGACUAGUUGCUUUUGGUCGAGAUACAAAAGAGCUUGAUUAUCUUGUAUUUGACGAAGUCCUUGAUAAUGUUGCAAGCAUUGAUAGAAUACUAACGCAACCUAAUGGUUCUUUGGUUCUAGCUGGUCGGAGUGGUGUUGGUCGUAGGACAGCUUUAAUGCUUGUUGCACAUAUGCAUCAAAUAAAUGUCUUCACACCAAAAGUGGGUCGUGGUUAUUCUACAAAAAAUUUUAAAAGUGAUUUGAAAGCAGUUAUGCAGAGUGCUGGUAUAUCUGGAGAACAAGUUGUAUUAUUAAUAGAAGAUUAUCAGUUAGUUGAACCUAAUUUUCUAGAACUUAUUAAUAGUUUAUUAUGUUCUGGAGAUGUGCCUGGAUUGUAUACAUCAGAAGAAUUAGACCCUUUGUUGGUUCCAUUACGUGAGCAAGCUUCUCAAGAAGGAUAUAGAGGACCUAUUUAUGGAUAUUUUGCUCAACGUGUGUUAUGCAAUCUGCAUGUUGUUUUAAUUAUGGAUUGUUCAUCGUCUAAUUUUGUAAUAAAUUGUGAGGCAAACCCUGCAUUAUAUAAAUGUUGUUCUUUUCAAUGGUUAGAUAGUUGGACUAAGUCCAGUAUGCUGCAAAUUCCCAAGCUUCUAUCAGAAGCCAAAACUGAUCCAAAUGAUUCACAGAAACUACCUCCAUUUCCAAUGAAUGAAAAAUUGAGUGAGCAUUUCUACCUUUUACAUCAAACGUGCUUAAAAGUUGGUGCAACUCCUCGACAUUAUUUGAAAUUCUUAAAUAACUACGUUAGUCUUUAUACAGCAAAAAAAGAAGUCAUUGAAAAAAGAAGAAAGCACUUACAAGGUGGUGUUUCUAAGUUAAAGGAAGCUACAAAUCUUGUAGAUGACUUAAAAAAAAAUGCUGCCCUUCAAGGAAAACUGCUCUCUGAAAAACAAUCCGAAGCAGAUGCAGCUUUAAAAUCUAUUACUCAAAGCAUGGAGAAUGCUGGGAGUCAAAAAGUGGAAAUGGAGCGUUUAAAAGAAAAACAGAAUGUUGAAGUUGAAAAACUGGCAAAGCGCAAAGAAGCUAUUGAAGCUGAGUUAAGUGAAAUUGGACCUGUUCUUGAAGAAGCAAAGCAAGCUGUUGGAAAUAUUAAAUCAGAGUCUCUUAGUGAAAUUCGUGCACUGCGUAUGCCACCUGAUGCUAUUCGUGAUAUUCUUGAGGGUGUGCUCAGGCUGAUGGGAAUUUUAGAUACUUCAUGGAAUAGUAUGAGAGGAUUUCUUGCUAAACGUGGUGCAAAAGAAGAUAUAAUUUCUUUUGAUGCGCACAGUAUUUCACCUGAAAUUCGCAGCAGUGUUGAAGAACUAUUGGAGUCUAAGAAAUCAUCAUUUGACACUAAAGUAGCAAAGAGAGCAAGUGUUGCAGCAGCUCCAUUAGCAGCUUGGGUAAUAGCAAAUGUUAAAUAUUCUAAAGUGUUAGAAAAGAUUGGACCUCUAGAAAAGGAGCAAUCAGAAUUGCAAAAAGGCAUAGAUAAAUCUCAAAGCAGAUUAGACAAGCUUGGAGAGGCUUUAAGUUCGGUUGAUAAAAAAGUGGCUGAUAUGAAAUUAAAAUUUGAAAAGCGUACUCAAGAAGCUGCAAAAUUAAAAGUUGAAUUAGAUAAAGCUGAAGAAACUAUUUUAGCUGCUGAGACAUUAGUUGACAAGCUACGAGGAGAAUUUCAGCGAUGGACAUUACAGGUUGGUGAGUUAACUUCUGAAGUCGAAAAGCUUCCUGCUUAUGCACAACUUGCUGCUGCAUUCAUAACAUACCUUGGUCAUCAACCUGAAGAUAUUCGCAGAAAAUAUUUAGGAAAGUGGUGUCAAAUGAUUGGUUUGCAAAAUUUUGAUUUAAGGAAGUUUCUAACUACAGAAAGUGAGCAGCUUGUAUGGAAAGGUGAAGGGCUGCCUUCUGAUUUAUUGUCCAUAGAAAAUGCCCUAAUUAUUUUAAAGGAUUGCGUUUGCCCAUUUUUGGUUGAUCCUUCUCAACAAGCUACUCAAUGGCUUAAACACCAUCUAAAAGAUCAGCGGUUAGAAGUUAUAAAUCAACAGGAUGGAAACUUUGUCACAUCUUUGGAACUUGCAGUUAGAUUUGGAAAAACAUUGAUAAUCCAAGAAGUUGAUGGUGUAGAACCUAUUCUCUAUCCAAUCCUUCGAAAAGAUUUUGUUAGUCAAGGUCCUAGAUAUGUUGUUAACGUUGGAGAAAAGUCUGUUGAUUAUAAUGAAGGAUUUAGGGUUUAUCUUACAACUCGUAAUCCUCAUCCAGAGUUAACACCAGAUGCUGCAUCAUUAGUAAAUGAAGUUAAUUUUACAACUACUCGUGCUGGUCUCACAGGACAGCUUUUAGCAUUGACUUUAAAAAUGGAAAAACCUGAGUUAGAGGUAAAAAAAUCUGAGCUAUUGCACAAAGAAGAACAAUUAAAAAUUCAGUUAGCUGAGCUUGAAGAUUCAUUGCUUGAGUCUUUAGCAAAUGCAGAAGGAAACAUUCUUGAAAAUAAAGAACUUUUAAGUUCGCUUAACAAAACAAAGCUAAGUAGCAUUACUAUCAGCGAUUCGUUAAAAGAUGCUCACCAAAUCCAAGCUUCACUUGAUAAAGAGAGAGAUGUUUACUUGUCUUUAGCUGAACAUGGAAGUGCAUUAUAUUUUGCUAUAUGUGACCUGGCUAAAAUCAACAACAUGUAUAGAUUUAGUCUCAAUUGCUUUUUGAGAUUGUUUAAAAGAGCAUUAGAGUCAAUAAAGGACAAAGGUACAAGUGACAACCAUAUUAAUAUUCUUAAAGACUCAGUUCAAACAUUAGUGUAUGAAUAUGUUUGUAGGUCACUUUUUAAAGCUGACAGGCUCUUAUUUGGUUUACAUUUGGUACAUGGAGUCUACCCAAAUCUUUUUGAAAAACAAGAGUGGGAAUUUUUUUGUGGAAUUAUUGUAAACACUGCUUUAAAUGAAAAGGAUUUAUUAGCCAGUCUGAAAAAUGAAGUUCCAUCAUGGGUUGAUGAAGAGCGUUAUUCAUCUGUAUCCUCCCUAAAGGCAACUUUUAAUACACUUUUUUCAACAUUGGAUCUUACAAAUCAACAAACUUGGGGAAACUUUGGGAAAAGCUCACAGUGUGAACUUGAGUUUCCAGCAUCAUUAUCUAAGAAAGUAUCAGCUUUUCAGCAGUUGCUUGUUGUUCAAGCAUUUCGACCAGAUCGAUUGCAAAGCGCUAUAAGUGUUUUUACUGCAAGGUCGUUAGGUCUAAAGGUGUUGUCUACUUCGUCAUUGAGUUUAAAAAAUUUGGUUAAAGAGACUACAUCAAAGGAGCCUAUUCUUAUCAUUAUUUCUCCAGGAUCUGAUCCUUCACAAGAGUUAGAAGAGUUAGCUAUACAAACUGUGGGAAAAGAAAGAUAUCAUCAGGUAGCCAUGGGUCAAGGACAAGCUGAGAUUGCCAUGAAACUUCUACAAGAUUGUGCAAAGUCUGGUGAUUGGUUAUGCUUGAAAAAUCUACAUCUUGUUACUCCAUGGCUUAGCAAACUUGAAAGUUUACUAAACAGUAUUGAACCAAGUGAUGGUUUUCGUCUUUGGAUGACAGCUGAAACUCACGUCAAAUUUCCUACAAUUCUUUUGCAAUCAAGUUUAAAAGUGACAUUUGAAGCUCCUCCUGGUAUUAAAAAAAAUAUGCAGCGUUCUUUUGAAAGCUGGACUCCUAACUUUUUUCAACAGUCAACUAAUAACAGUCGCUGUUAUACUUUGUUUGCUCUUGCAUGGUUUCAUGCAUUAGUUGAAGAAAGAAGAAAUUUUAUACCACAGGGAUGGACUAAAUUUUAUGAGUUUUCAAUGGCUGAUCUUCGAGCUGGUGCAGAUAUUGUUGAUAGAUUAUUUAAAAAAGCUGGUAAUAAAUCGAUAUCCUGGGAUUUUUUGCAUGGUUUAUUUGAAAAUGCAAUUUACGGUGGAAGAGUUGAUAACAACUUUGAUGUUCGCGUGCUUUCUUCCUACCUUCAUAUGUAUUUUUCUGAUAAACUUACGAGUUCCUCAAAUAAAACUUUAUUUCCUGCUAGUGUUUCUUUACCAGCAACAACAAACUAUAGAGAGUUUACAGACAUUGUAGCAAAUCUCCAGGAUGAUGAUUCUCCAACAUAUUUUGGUUUACCACUGAAUAUAGAGCAGUCUACACAAAAAGUCAUCAGUUCACAGGUUAUACUUCAACUAAAAGUCCUGAUGCGAGCUGAUAUUUCUGUUCACAAGUUUGAUAAAGACAAAUGGGCUACUGAGUUAGCUCCAAUACUAAAUUUAUGGAAAAAACUAAAUCAAGGUUCAACCUUUUUGCAGAUGAAGGUUAGUCUUCCUUCUGAUGAUCCAGACACACCUCCAGUAGAAUCUUUUAUUAAGUUAGAGCACUACAACUCUAUUAUGCUUGUGCAGUAUGUUCAUUCAACACUUGCAUCUCUAGCUAAAGUUAUUAAAGGUACCCAGUUGUUGACACCAAGUGUUCAAUUAAUGGCAGCUUCUUUGAUGCAUCAUGAAACUCCUUCUAUAUGGAGCAAAGAAUGGGAAGCUGGUCCAGAAGAGGCAGUUUUGUGGUUGAAAGCUGUUAUGCUAAAAACAAAUGCUUUAACUACAUGGUUAGAAAAAGUUAAGUCUAGAUCAUUGUUAACAGAUGUUCUUGAUUUAUCAGAAUUAUUUCACCCAGACACCUUUUUGAAUGCAUUAAGACAACAGACAGCUAGAGCAACCAAAGUACCUAUGGAUCAAUUGAAGUUAGUUUCUUCUUGGAAGACUAGUGGUUUGUCUGCAGCAAAAGUUGCUGUAAAAAUUGGAAAUUUGCAGUUAGAGGGAUGUAUUUUUGAUGGAAUUACUUUGUCUGAAAAUGGGCGCACGUCUGUUAGCAUAUCAUCUGUACCACCUUGUUUUGUUGCAUGGAUUCCUAAGGAGCAACCAGAACCGUACACUCCAGAUGAAUGCAUUUCAUUACCUAUUUACUACACAAUGAAUCGAGAAAAAAUUGUUGCCGAAUUGAAUGUACCUUGUGGAGGAAAUCAACAAAAAUGGAUUCAAUGUGGUGCUGCACUGUUCUUGAAAAACGAAUGAAUUUAUCAAAACUCUUUAAUGAUUUUAAAAACGAAAAACUUGUGUCAAAGCUAAAAAGAAAUCAUUAAAUUAAAUAAUGUAAAACAAAAUUGUAUUUUAAAUGUAAAUAAAUUGAAUUUAUUGUAAACAGAUAUAGAAUAUUGGAUCAAAGUAACAUUUUUUUUUUGA